AUGAACCGUGCUAUUCAAGUCAAACCAGCGGACAGCGAGAACCGCGGUGAACAUAGCGAUCGAAAGCUUUUCGUUGGCAUGCUUAGCAAGCAGCAAACCGAAGAGGAUGUAAGACAGUUGUUUAAUGCGUUUGGAACCAUUGAAGAGUGCACGAUCCUGAGGGGACCUGACGGCGCUAGCAAAGGUUGCGCCUUUGUUAAAUUUACCUCGCAUCAAGAAGCUCAAGCUGCAAUAACAUCUCUUCACGGUAGUCAAACUAUGCCGGGUGCAUCUUCUAGCCUAGUGGUAAAGUUUGCUGACACCGAGAAAGAGAGGCAACUCCGUCGCAUGCAGCAAAUGGCUGGUCACAUGAAUCUACUGAGUCCCUUUGUAUUCAACCAGUUCGGACCGUACGGCGCAUACGCACAGCAACAGCAAGCAGCCCUUAUGGCAGCUGCAACCGCACAAGGAACAUAUAUCAAUCCGAUGGCAGCCCUAGCAACUCAAAUACCUCAUGCGUUGAAUGGUUCUGGACAACCAGUGAAUGGUGCCAUUCCCUCAUUGCCGUCGCCUACAAUGCCCACAUUUAAUAUGGCGGCACAAACGCCCAACGGACAGCCGACUGGUUCGGACGCAGUUUAUUCCAACGGCAUUCCCCAAACCUAUCCAGGACAUGCGUUACACUUAUCGAUACCCGCUCAAGGACUUCCGAAUGGAGAUGCCGCUUUACCCCAUGCCACGUAUCCUGGAAUUCAACCGUAUCCUGGAGUUGCCUAUCCAGCCGUUUAUGGACAAUUUCCACAAGCUAUACCGCAACACAUUGCCGCCGUUGCACCAGCACAACGCGAAGAUAUAUUAAUGUUCCCAGGUUGUUCCAUAUCGGGACCGGAGGGGUGCAAUUUAUUCAUCUAUCAUCUGCCCCAAGAGUUCGGAGAUGGCGAAUUGAUGCAGAUGUUUAUGCCCUUCGGAACUGUGAUAAGUUCUAAGGUCUUCAUCGACCGAGCUACGAACCAGAGUAAAUGUUUCGGUUUUGUAUCGUUUGACAAUCCAGCCAGCGCUCAAGCAGCGAUUCAAGCUAUGAACGGUUUUCAGAUUGGUAUGAAAAGACUGAAAGUUCAGCUUAAAAGACCAAAGGAUGCGAACAGACCCUAUUAA